AUGAUUUCUGGACACUCCUCCCAACCUCCGAAGUCAGUGAUGAAGGCUCGCAAGCGUGUCAAGUUAAGUCAACUCCCCAAGUCGAAGCUGUUUGUCGAGUCGGAAGAUGAUAAAGACCCAAUUGUUCAGCCGAUUUCGCGUGGAGUGCCGGAGGUCGUCCUUCCCCAGCGCUCCACCAUUGUUGUAAGGAAGCCCCAGUUGCCUCAGUUACUGGUUCCCCCAAGAAGCAAUCAUUUGGGCCUGCUUUGUUGUCCGGAGGUCACGAAAUCUCCCAUCAGUCGUCAGGAGGCUCGGGCAACCUCCGGCAGUCGUCUGGAAGUCAAAGAGUCCUCUGAUGAUACUUCCAGUGCUUCAGAUGGUGACCUGCCGGCCAAUACCACAUUUGAUAUCACUAUUCCCGGCCCAGUGAAGCAACUCCUGCUAUUAUUGUGUCAAGGAGAAUUGGCCCUGUGCGACUCGUUUGGACAAGAGGUCCAGCUUUCCCCUGCUUGUCUUGCAUCCGCUGCUCCACCAAGAAGAUCAAAUGCAACCCUGCAUCUCUGGGAUCCCCACCCAGACGGACCUGAGGGAAGUCUACCACCGGCCGGAUGUGUUCCAAGACACCUGCCCCUGCUCCAUCUAAUGCUCCGUCUCCCUCCCAGCCAAGGGCCCAAACUCAUAAUCAAUCUUUCACAUGGUCGCAGCAAGACCAUCACUAUCAAGAAGACACCUGCACCUGCACCUGCCCCUGCACCUUCUUCCAGUGUCGCAGUGCCUCGUGCAGCACUAGAUGUUCCCAUGCCAGAUCUCCAUUCCAUGGCAAUCACGAUUCAGAAUGGUGCAGCUCGCAUCGCUCUUCUUGAGGCUCGGGUACAGGAGCAGGACACUAAGAUUGAUACCCUGCAAUGCCUCCAUGAAAGCCUCCGGCACAUGGUGGUCGACCAGCACCCUUCAUUUUCACUUCCAGACACACCGGCCGAUGCAACAAUCUUGCUUGAUCAAGGCAGUCCCCCCCUGAUGGAACCCACACCCUUGACACCUGAGGAUGGAUCUGCUAUGGUAGGUCCCAUGGUUGAGCCCACCCAAGUUCAGUCUGAGGGUCCACAAUCCUUCGGCAAAAUUGUGCUCCUGGAUGAACCAGGUAACCUCUUGCCAGAAUCCUCCGGCAAUAUUGUGGUCCCUAAUAAACCAGGUAACCUCCUGCCAGAAUAUGAUUCUUCUGAUAAGGAGAUGGAUGUUGAGGGGAAGGUUGAUCUUCCUGGUGAGGAGGUUGAAAUGGCUACAUAA